AAAAUUGAAAUAUAUAUUUUGGAAAUCUGAUGAGGGGCUUUCCCACCUUCUGAUCUGAAGUCCCUUAUCCGCGGCAAUUCGGUAGAAGAAGAGUUCAGGAGAAGAAUAUGGCGGGGACUUUAUCAAUGACCUAUCCAGCAAGUGCCAUUUUAAUUUCUGGAAACAGGUUAUGCAAUACUGCUAGAAAACGAAGGGAAACAGCGAUGUCUCUUGGAAGCAACAAAGAUAGGCCAGAAGUGGUUGUUGAAUCAGGUGAUCAAAGGCUUUACCUAGGUCUGGACUUUGGCACAUCUGGUGCGAGGUUCGCCGCCAUUGACAAGGACGGCACAAUUCAAGCCGAGGCUAAGAAAGAAUAUCCUUUGUACAAGAGUGGAGAAACGCAGGACUGGGUACGGUCAUGGAAAGAGACACUAUUUUUGCUACUUGAAGACAUUCCACUUGAUGUCCGGAAACAUAUUGUGUCCAUUUCUAUUGAUGGGACUUCUGCGACUACGCUCAUUGUUGAUAGGGAUACGGGACAACCAUUAUGGAGACCUUUCCUUUACAAUGAGAGUUGUCCUGAUGCUUUACCAAUGGUAAAAUCCAUUGCUCCUCCAAAUCAUACAGUUUGCUCUGGCUCUUCCACCCUGUGCAAGCUUGUGUCGUGGUGGAACCAUGUUGAUUCAAACAAAAAAUCUGCUCAGCUGCUGCACCAAGCAGACUGGCUUUUGUGGCUUCUUCAUGGAAAGCUUGGGGUUUCAGAUUAUAACAAUGCUCUGAAGGUUGGCUAUGAUCCCGAAGUGGACUCAUAUCCGGCAUGGAUAGUCCGUCAGCCAUAUUCUCAUCUUUUGCCUUCCGUUGUAGCUCCAGGAACUCCAGUUUCAUAUCUAAAAGAGGACAUUAGAACGAAAUUUGGUUUUCAAGAAGACUGUGUAGUUUGCGCGGGAACCACUGACAGUAUAGCUGCAUUUCUUGCAGCCCGUGUCUCUCAACCUGGGGAUGCUGUUACUUCACUGGGUUCAACCCUCGCUAUUAAACUAUUGAGCAAUACUAGGAUUGAGGAUUCACGGUUUGGGGUCUACAGUCAUCGGCUCGAUGAUAAGUGGCUUGUUGGUGGUGCUUCAAACUCUGGUGGAGCUGUUCUUAGGCAGUUGUUCAAUGAUGAUCAGUUAGAGAAACUAAGUGAACAGAUCAAUCCCUUGGAAGCCUCCCUCUUGGACUACUAUCCUUUGCCAAAAGCCGGGGAGAGAUUCCCAGUAUCAGAUCCAAACUUGGCUCCGAGGCUCCUACCAAGACCUGAGAAUGAUGUUGAGUACUUGCAUGGGAUUUUGGAAUCCAUUGCGCGUAUAGAGGCAAAAGCAUACGCGUUGCUGAAGGAGUUAGGAGCAACCCAAGUAACGGAAGUUUUCACAGCAGGGGGUGGAGCUAAGAACGAAAAGUGGAUAAAGAUACGAGAGAGAGUGCUCGGUUUGCCUGUGAGUCGAGCAAUUUAUACAGAGGCAGCAUAUGGAGCUGCAUUACUGGCUUUAAGAGGUGCCAAUCAAAAUAUUUUGUGAGGUUGAUCAUCCAUUCGCAAGCUGGUUAUUUUAGCAAAGGUGAUCGCGAGGCGGCCUAUCUUGUGAAAUGUUGAUUCUAGAAUUCGAGUAUGUGCAUCGUCUAUCAGCUAUUUAGAUCCCUCGGUUUUCAACAGAAUGUUAUCAACAAAAUUAGGUGUCUUAUAGCCUUUAAAUUAACUAUUACGUCAGCUACUUAAGCUAAAUAUUUCAUAUCUCCUUGUUUUUCACCAAAAUAUUUUCAACAAAGGUGCCGUAACGAUUGAAUUAA